AUGAGCUCCAAGAUACACGUCCUACGCCUCUACAGGCGGUCCCUCAAGCUCGCCCUCGACUGGAGCGUCCACCGAUACCUCUGGCGCGGACAGGCCCUGUACAUCCGCGAACUCUUCGAGGCCAAGCGCAAUGUUACCGAGCCGCGACAGAUGAGGGAACUGAUCAAGGAGACGGAAAACCUGCUCGAGAAGUGGAAGCACCCAGACCCUUACCGCCCACCCACGGCUCCUGGAGGAUCAAAGUACGAGCGCAACCUGCCUUGCCCAAUCAUCGAUCGUGAGUUUACCAUCAACCAUUUUCACUCCAUCUGCUGA